UGUACGUAGGGAGGGUCGACAAGAUUCUUCGCUUUCGGCUUUCGCUUUCGGCUCUCGUGUUCCGCAACUAGGAUUAUCUAAUACAGCUUCAGAUUGUUCUGGUUUCCAUGAUGAUGACGUGCUAAAAAUAGUUACGAAAAUAGUUUUUCUUAGAGUCAAUUACGAACACAAUAACACGCCCUGUCUCUGGAAUUACCCAUCUUCGGAACUUAAAUACUGUAGAAGUGAAAUUGGGCGACUUGUAUUUUAAUUACAAUGAGUGCAGAUGGCGGGGUCCAGGGACGCCGCGGUGGAACAGCAGCAAAUGCUGGGCGUGCUUCGCCAGAAAUAUGACGAGGCUCAGGACGAGCUGGAGGAGAUGCGCGCGCUCAUCGAGGACCAGGCGGGCCACCUCGAAGGCUACCGGAACAAGUACCUCAUGGCGCAGCAGCAAGUUGAAGAGCAGCGGCGACAAAUGGAACAGGUGGAGGCCGAGCAGGACCGGAUUACGGAGCAGGUGCAAGCGGAGCUUCACCGCGUCAAGAACGAGUUCGAAGAGAGGCUGCAGGAGCUUGCGCCCCUGCCAGACAUCCUGAAGGCGACGCAGUCCAAAAUGCACGAGGAGAAGCAGCUGCGGUUGAUUGCGGAGCACAACUGUGCCGACCUCAACCACGAGCUGGCCACCGUCCUGGAGAGACUGGCGGACAACGACAAGGGGAUGGGCGCCCUCCGCGCGCAGCAGCAGUCCUGGAUGGACGAGCGGCAGUCGCUGAUCUCGCACGUCGACGCCUACGAGAGGAAGUGCAACAAGCUCAAGGAGGACAUCAAGUGGUACAAGCAGGGCAUGGAGCAGCUGGAGCAGUCGAGCGCCAACAGCGACAAGCUGUACGAGGACACGGUGCUGGAGCUGGGCAAGGUGCGCGGCGAGCUGGAGGCCGCGCGGGAGCAGGCGGCGCGGCAGGCGACGCGGCAGCGCGACCAGGUGGAGACCAUGCGGCGCUCCUUCCAGACGCAGAUCGGCGAGCUGGAGAAGGAGCUGGCCGCCAGCCGAGCCAGCGCGAGCGCGGCCCACAAGGAGAAGGAGGAAAUCCAGCAGCGGCUCCAGACGGAGGUGUCCAACAUGAGCCAGAGCUUUAAGCAGGCGCAGGACCGCAUCAAAAACCUCAAGUCUGUAGUCGAUUUCCUAAAAGACAGCGUUAUCAACAUUGAAAAAGCUCCCAAUGAACUGGACUGCUUGCAGCCUAAUAACUAGUGGGCCUAUGCCUGACUGGAUGCUCAUGUAUUUUAUCUAAGUUAGUGUUUUGUGACCGUUUGUGUAUGUAAAUACCUUUGUUCGGCUUCUAUAGAUCAGGAUAAAAUAAAACACGUUAAACUG